UGGUCUCGAGAGCGCACGCGCACAGUAAAGAGUCCUUGGAUGCUCCGUCGGCUCUAGGUUAAGUGGGCGAAUGUCAAAAUGCAGAGUUGGAACCAGCUAUAUCGUACCCUGGCAAAGCGGGGCUCACAUCUGCCUGGCAAGCUCCAUCCGUCGUCUGCGUUGUCUGUAAGGACGUAUGCUGACAAAGCACAGAUUGAAGCUGAUGUAACAGUGGUGGGAUCGGGUCCUGGCGGUUAUGUUGCUGCUAUUAAGUCAGCACAGCUGGGUUUCAAGACGGUGUGUGUGGAGAAGAAUGCCACUCUCGGAGGAACCUGCUUGAACGUCGGUUGCAUACCCUCUAAGGCACUCUUAAACAAUUCAUACCUCUACCAUCUUGCACAUGGGAAAGACUUUGAAAACAGAGGGAUAGAAAUUUCAGGUAUAUCCCUAAACCUGGAGAAGAUGAUGGCACAGAAGAGCGGAGCAGUCAAAGCCUUGACAGGAGGCAUUGCACAUUUAUUCAAACAGAACAAAGUCACACAUGUGAGUGGGUUUGGGAGGGUCACUGGUAAGAACCAGGUCACAGCCCAGCUUGGAGACGGCACGGAGCAGGUCAUCAACACCAAGAACAUCCUCCUCGCCACCGGCUCAGAAGUCACCCCCUUCCCCGGUAUCCAGGUUGAUGAAGAAUCUAUCGUGUCCUCAACUGGAGCACUCUGCCUGAAGAAGGUUCCCGAGAGUAUGAUUGUGAUUGGGGCUGGUGUCAUCGGAGUAGAACUGGGAUCUGUAUGGCAGCGAUUGGGGUCCAAAGUGACAGCCGUUGAGUUCCUGGGCCACGUUGGCGGCAUGGGUAUCGACAUGGAGAUCUCCAAGAACUUCCAGCGCGUGCUCCAGAAGCAGGGCAUGAAGUUCAAACUGGGCACCAAGGUCAUGGGUGCCACCAAGAGGGCAGACGGAAUGUACGACGUUGCGGUGGAGGCAGCAAAGGGGGGCAAGGCGGAGACGUUGACGUGUGAGGUGCUGCUGGUGUGUAUCGGCCGGCGGCCCUUCACCCAGAACCUGGGCCUGGAGUCGGUGGGCAUCGAGCUGGACAACAGAGGCAGGAUCCCCAUCAACAGCCGCUUCCAGACCAAAGUGCCCAGCAUCUAUGCCAUUGGCGACGUGGUGGCCGGGCCCAUGCUUGCCCACAAGGCGGAGGACGAGGGCAUCAUCUGUGUGGAGGGCAUGGCGGGCGGUGCCGUGCACAUCGACUACAACUGCGUGCCCUCCGUCAUCUACACGCAUCCAGAGGUGGCCUGGGUGGGCAAGACGGAGGAACAGCUCAAGGAGGAGGGUGUACCAUACAAAGUUGGCAAAUUCCCAUUCGCCGCCAACAGCAGAGCGAAGACGAACGCGGACACAGACGGACUGGUGAAGAUCCUGAGUCACAAAGAGACAGACAGGCUAAUGGGAGCUCACAUCCUGGGAUCGGGUGCUGGAGAGAUGAUCAACGAGGCGGCGUUAGCGAUGGAGUACGGAGCAUCAUGUGAGGAUAUUGCCAGAGUAUGCCACGCUCAUCCUACGGUGUCAGAAGCCUUCAGAGAAGCCAAUCUAGCAGCCUCGUUUGGAAAACCCAUCAACUUCUAGCCAGCUCCCUCUGAUCCCCUUUCACUGUACAGAACUGCUUUGAACUGUCCAUACGCACACACAGGAAACUAAAGCCCAUACCUCUGGACUGUCAUAAGCUUCCUACAUAUACAUACCAUGAAGAUGAGAUGUACCUUGUAUGACAUUUGGAAUAAUAUUAUUUAAUACAUGUUUAAUAAAGGGAUGGAUGUGGGGUUAAAUCAUUUGAGUUAGAAUCUUCUUCUUGCAGCCAGCCUUAAACUUCUUAAAGGGCUGUGUCAGAGGGAAAAAUAACUUUGUUGUCCUCAUAGUCUUAUUCAUUGUCUAUUCAAAAAGGAAUGCCAUCUGAUUUUUAAUUAACUAGUACUGUAUAUUGACAUGACCUCACUUGCUCGAGAGAUUCUUCAUUUGUGACCAAGCCUAAGCGUGAUCCUGUCUAUGGAGAUAUUUGUUCAUUUCAUUCAGAUUCUCAAGGUCUGUAAAAUAAAAUGAAACCAGUGCCGUGUUA